GCGCCUGUGUUGCGGGCUGGUCCGUUCCCUGCAGAGGAGCAGAGCGGAGGAGGAGGAGGAGAGGGAGCUCAAGGUCACAGCAGGAGGAGCCCCAUCUCCACCAUCUUCUUUAUCAUCGAUCCUGAUCACACUGUCAUCGAUACUUUGAUCGGAUUCAUCGGCUGCACGAGAGCCGCGUGAUCCAAGACAGGAGCGACAGGCGGAUCCGCUGCUGCAUUGUCUGUCUGCCUCUCCAUCACCAACAUCCACCUGUUUGUCUCUCCGCCUCUCCGCCAUGGGGAACCGGGGGAUGGAGGAGCUGAUCCCGCUGGUGAACCGGCUCCAGGACGCCUUCUCCUCCAUCGGCCAGAACGCGAACCUCGACCUGCCGCAGAUCGCGGUGGUGGGCGCCGGGAAGAGCUCGGUGCUGGAGAACUUCGUGGGCAAAGACUUCCUCCCUCGUGGUUCAGGUAUUGUCACUCGGCGCCCCCUGGUGCUGCAGCUCAUCAACUGCCCAACAGAGUAUGCCGAGUUCCUGCACUGUAAGGGGAAGAAGUUCACAGACUUUGAUGAAGUUCGGCAGGAGAUCGAAGCAGAAACUGAUCGCGUCACUGGACACAACAAAGGAAUCAGUCCUGUCCCCAUCAACCUGAGGGUCUGCUCCCCCAACGUGCUGAACCUGACGCUGGUGGAUCUUCCUGGGAUGACCAAGGUCCCGGUUGGGGAUCAGCCUCCUGAUAUCGAGCACCAGAUCAAGGAUAUGCUAAUGCAGUUUGUCACCAAGGACAACUGCCUCCUAUUGGCUGUGUCUCCCGCCAACUCUGACCUUGCCAACUCCGACGCUCUGAAGAUCGCCAAAGAGGUCGACCCUCAAGGUCUGAGAACCAUCGGUGUGAUCACCAAACUGGAUCUGAUGGAUGAAGGAACCGAUGCCAGAGACAUCCUGGAGAACAAACUGCUGCCUCUGCGCAGAGGUUACAUCGGGGUGGUGAAUCGCAGUCAGAAGGACAUCGAUGGGAAGAAGGACAUCACUGCAGCACUUCAGGCCGAGAGGAAGUUCUUUCUGUCGCACCCGGCAUACCGACACCUGGCCGACCGCAUGGGCACUGCCUACCUGCAGAAGAUCCUCAACCAGCAACUGACCAACCACAUCCGGGACACGUUGCCAGGGUUACGCAGCAAACUGCAGAGCCAGCUGUUGUCCAUUGAGAAGGAGGUGGAGGAGUACAAGAACUUCAGACCGGACGACCCGAGCCGCAAAACCAAGGCCCUGCUGCAGAUGGUGCAACAGUUUGCCGUGGACUUUGAGAAGCGGAUCGAAGGAUCUGGAGACCAGGUCGACACCUACGAGCUGUCAGGAGGAGCAAAGAUCAAUCGCAUUUUCCAUGAGCGCUUCCCCUUCGAACUGGUCAAGCUGGAGAGUGACGAAAAGACUCUGCGUAAAGAGAUCAGCUACGCCAUCAAGAACAUCCAUGGAAUCAGGACGGGUCUGUUCACCCCUGACAUGGCGUUUGAGACGAUUGUGAAGCGCCAGAUUGCACAGAUCAAAGAGCCGUGUCAGAAAUGUGUCGACAUGGUGAUCAGCGAGCUGGUCAACACCGUCAGGCAGUGCACGCAGAAGUUGGCCCAGUACCCGAUGCUCAGAGAGGAGAUGGAGAGAAUUGUGACUCAGCACAUCAGAGACCGAGAGAGUCGCACCAAAGACCAGGUGGUGUUGCUGAUUGACAUUGAGUUGGCCUACAUGAACACAAACCAUGAAGACUUCAUCGGCUUUGCGAAUGCUCAGCAGAAGAGCAGCCAGAUGAGCAAGAAGAAAGCAGCAGGAAACCAGGAUGAGAUCAUGGUGAUCCGUAAAGGUUGGCUCACUAUCAACAACAUUGGCAUCAUGAAGGGGGGCGCUAAAGAGUACUGGUUCGUCCUGACUGCGGAGACCCUGUCCUGGUACAAAGAUGAUGAGGAGAAGGAGAAGAAGUACAUGCUGCCUGUGGACAACCUGAAACUGAAAGACAUCGAGAAGAGCUUCAUGUCAAGCAAACACGUCUUCGCCCUGUUCAACACAGAACACAGGAAUGUGUAUAAGGACUACCGUCAGCUGGAGCUGGCCAGUGAGUCUCAGGAGGAGGUGGACAGCUGGAAGGCUUCUUUCCUACGGGCAGGAGUGUACCCUGAACGCAGCGUGGACAAAGAGAAGGUGGAGGCAGAGGAUUCAAGUGGCGAUGGGCAGAUCCACAGUCUGGACCCUCAGCUGGAGCGACAGGUGGAGAUCGUCAGGAACCUGGUGGACUCAUACCUGUACAUCAUCCAUCGCACUGUCAGAGACUUGAUCCCCAAGACCAUCAUGCACCUGAUGGUCAACAACACAAAGGAAUUUAUCCACUCAGACCUGCUGGCUCAGCUUUACUCCUGUGGAGACCAGAACUCCCUGAUGGAGGAGUCCCAGGAGCAGGCCCAGCACCGUGAUGAGAUGUUGAAGAUGUACCAUGCUCUGCGUGAAGGCCUCAACAUCAUCGGUGACAUCAGCACCACCACUAUCACCACGGCUGUCCCUCCACCCGUCGAUGACUCCUGGCUGCAGGUGACCGGAAUGCCGUCAGGACCCAGAUCUCCCAUGUCCAGUCCGACCCCCCAGCGUCGGGUCCCUCCUGGACCUCCUCGUCCUGGUGGUCGGGCGGCCCCUGGCCCCCCCUCUCGUCCUGCUGUGUCACCUGACCCUGGAACCCCACCGUCUGUUCCCUCAAGGCCCAAUAGAGCGCCCCCACCUGGAGUCCCCAGUCGGAGAUCUCCUGCAUCUCCAUCUCGAUCCUCCAGACCAGCCUCUGACUCCUCCCUAUGACCCAGUACACAAAAUACACACAAAGUGUACUUUUUGUUGGUUGACCUGACCUUUGACCUUAACCCUCCUGCCUAUUUUUUUUAAUUCACUUUGUUCUCCUCUUUUCUCUUUUCUCUCUUCAUGUCUGUGUCCUGUUGUUUUAUCAUAGCCGUCCCAGUAAAGGUAGUCCUGCCCAUGGAGAGAGCCCCCAGUCUUCUAUUGAGGGUUAACCUGACCCCAGUGUGUGUUUGUGUCUCUGCUGAACUGUUCUACUGGUCUCUACUGAUGAUGCUGUGUUACUGUGAACCUUACUAGUAAUAAUAAAAUGACAUUGAUAGUCACACAUUAUGAAUAUAUAGCAAAUGAUACUACUGCAAUACUGCGUGUGCAUAUAUGUGGUCCUGCUUUCUGUCUGCUGUCAGGAGGGUGAGGCAGGUCAGCACUGACAGAAUUGUGUGAUCUGUUGCUCACACCAGUACUGUGUAUACUGUACAGUACUGUAGAGGAGUCCAGAGAUGGUGUCCUCUCUGAAUGCACAGGCAGCUAGCCGCGUCAACUCCUGGGGUUUAAUAAUCUUAGUUUAUUUUCAGUUCUUUUUGUCAUGUAAAGAGAUUUUUUUCUUUACAGAGUAAAGUUUACAUAUUGUUUUAACAUGUAUGUAUUUAUUUAUUUGUUUGUUUGCAUUUGACGUUAGCUGCCAAUAUGUGAAGAAAAUAUUGGUGCUUAGCAUUGUUAGCUAAUGAAACCAAUGGUCCUACAAUCUACUGUAUUCGCCUCAAAUAUUCUUACUAUAAUGUCAUCUAUUCUGUUGUGUUCUAUUAUAUUCUACUGACUUCACAUUAAUUAUGAUCGUUAUUUUACAAUUAUCACCGUUUGUAGCAAUAGAAAUGUAUUGUGUCUGGGGGUCUGUUAGAUUCUUCUGAUGCCUUUGGUUUUUGAAUGCUUGAUGGACUGGGGAUUAAUUUAUAAACGUGUUUUGUUGCUCAUGUGAAUCCAGGAGCUGAAAUGUUGUAAAUGGGAUCAGACUGCAGGGAAUCGCUGGUUGAUCCACACCUACAGAGGAGACUCAUGUUUUCAGAAUGUGUUGACUGUGUGUGAUGUUUACGGACUGUAUGAAUCUAAACCAGACCUGCUAAUCUAUGAGUUCCACCUGUGUAAGCUGUUCACGUUGUGGUGAUUCUGUAGUUAGUCUAGAUUUAGCUCAGAGCUGCGUCCACCACGCCUCGUGUAAGCAGAGCCUGCAUGCAGCUGUGAUGUGUCCUCGUGUUCAGAUUAACGUCGGCAUGGCUGGUCAACAAAACCUGUAUGAUGUGAGUGAUAUUUAUUGAUCAGUGAAGUGUUGCACACAUGGCUCUGCAGCAACGUGUUGAAUGCAGCUCCUAUCAGUGAUCGUGGAUAGUUCACCCUGCAUGAUGUUAAACAUUGUUUACAGAAUAUAUGAAGAUAAUUAUGUACCAUAUAUAUGUGAGGAACUUACAUGUAGAUCUAUUCAACUGAAAUAUGAAGUGGCCCACCCUGUAGUGUGUGUGCGUGUGUUACAGUGUGUGUACCUUUGUGCCAUGUGAUCAGGGCCAAUAUGUGACAUAAUUAAAGUGUGUGUGGACGAAGACGACGAGUGUCA